AUGGCCAUUGCGACUCUAGAAUUCAGCCGGAGCCACAAAGCGCCGCCCGCGAAUUUAAUAGGCCUGUUUUUUUGCGGUGCACAAGAACGUCUUCAGCUUGACUGCCAAGAGCGGAUGUUUCCACUCGAAACCAAAAAAGCAGGGAGGCAGCGGAGCGUCCUCGCCGCCGCCCUGGCGCUGGCCGGGGCGCCAAGCGUCAAUGCCGUCCUUCGCUUCUCGUGCUCUGAGCUUGUCACUGAGCGUCUCGACCCCCUCGUCUUCCCCGGGUCGCCCGAGUCCCCCCACCUGCACCAGGUGGUGGGCGGCAACAUGUUCAACAUCACGAUGGACCCCAAGCAGCACAACAUCGGCGAGGAGGCGACGUGCACGACGUGCACCUUCUCGGAGGACUUCUCCAACUACUGGACGGCGGUGCUGUACUUCCGGGCGCGCAACGGCAGCUACAUCCGGGUGCCGCAGCGGCCCAACGUCGGCUUCGAGGGGGCGCGCGGGGGCGGCAUGACGGUCUACUACACGGCCUCGUACCAGGGCGGCAAGGUGACCGCCUUCCAGCCGGGCUUCCGCAUGAUCGUGGGCAACCCGAUGUUCCGGACGGCCGAGGAGGCGUCGCGGUACCGGCAGCUUACCUUCACCUGCCUCGACACCAUGUACACGCGCGACGGCGAGACGACGUCGAUGCCGAACCGCCCUUGCCCGGAGGGCAUCAUGGCCAACGUCCGCUUCCCGACCUGCUGGGACGGCAAGAACCUGGACUCGCCCAACCACGCCGACCACGUCGCCUACCCGGCCAGCGGCACCUUCGAGAGCGGCGGCCCCUGCCCAGACAGCCACCCGGUCAAGAUCCCCCAGCUCUUCUACGAGGUCAUCUGGGACACGCGCCAGUUCAACGACAGGAAGCUGUGGCCCGAAGACGGCAGCCAGCCCUUCGGCGACGCCCUCCAGCGCGCCAUGGACGCCAACUGCGACGUCUCCUGCCCCACCCUCAAGACCCAGACCAUCUCCCAGGCCAACCAGUGCUCCGUCCAGCGCGUCGUCAACGAGCAGAUUGACGGCUGGCUCGACAGCCUGCCGGGUGGCGUCCAGAUCGUCGGGCCCCAGCCGGGCUCCGGCUUUGGCGGCGGAAGUAACCCUGGCAACGGUGGCGGCAACAACAAUGGCGGCGGCUCCUGCCAGGUCGCCAAGUGGGGCCAGUGUGGUGGACAGGGCUACACGGGCUGCACGACGUGCGCGGCCGGCUCGACAUGCAAGGCCCAGAACCAGUACUACUCUCAGUGCCUGUAG